AGUCCCGCCGUCGGACCAUCUACGAGUACCACCGCGUGGAGCUGGACACCAGCAGGAUCACCAACAUGUCAGCCGUGGAGUUCACCCCGCUGCCAACUUGUCUCCAGCACCAGAGCUGUGACGUGUGUGUGACCUCAGAGCUGACCUUCAACUGCAGCUGGUGUCACGUCCUGCAGAGAUGUUCCAGCGGCUUUGACCGAUACCGGGAGGAGUGGCUGUCCUAUGGCUGUGGGCAGAAGUCAGAUGAGAAGACCUGUGAGGAUUUAGCCGAAGGCAACCACUACUCAGCACCUCCGGACAGCUCUUCCUCGCCGCUGGCUGGGGAUGUCACCACCUCCACGUCCUCGCUCUUCAUUGACAGCCUCACUACGGAAGAUGAUACGAAGCUCAAUCAGUAUGCUGGCAGCGAAGGGGUGGGAAGCAGCCUGCCUUCCAAGAAAGCAGGUGCCCCGAUUCACCCGGGUACCAUCGUGGGGAUCGUUCUGGCUGUCCUGCUCGUUGCGGUUAUUAUCCUUGCUGGAAUUUACAUCAACAGCCAUCCCACCUCCAAUGCCGCCCUCUUCUUCAUUGAGCGAAGGCCACAUCACUGGCCUGCCAUGAAAUUCCGAAAUCACACCAACCAUGCAACGUACUCGGAGGUGGAGCCGGCCAGCCAGGAGAAGGAGGGCUUUGUCGAAGCAGAACAGUGCUGA